AUGAAAGGAACGAUGCUCGUGGCUCUUCUGGCGUGUCUGCUGGGAGCUGCGCUCACUUCCGGUCCGCUCAGUCCAUCCGAGAACCAGGAAAGACUCGCAAUCUGCGGAACGAAACCGGUUUGGAGCAGACACAAACGGGACAGCAAUUUCACGAAAGAAGCGGAGAAUCAGGAGAGAAGUGAGCAAUAUCUAUCGGCAGAAAUGGACAUAGAUUCUUGUUAAGGGAGUAUUUACGGUGGAAGAGAUGCGACGGGUCUGGAAGCUCCGUGGGCGGUUCGGGUUCACGUCGGGCAAGUCGGUUGCUCCGGGACUCUCAUCUCCAAGAGACACAUUCUGACCGCUUCCCACUGUCUCGUCGGCAUAGCAAUCGAAUCUGGAGCCGUCAGGCUGGCCAGACAGUAUUGCUCAAAUGACAUGUUAGUCUUUGAAGCUCUCAGUUGCGAAAUGUCCAUAUUUGCAGUGACCGUGUCUACGAAGGAGACUUUCCGCAACUACAAUUAGUUCUGGCAAGUGGAUACAGGUUUCCUUCAAGAGUCACCAAGGUCUGUUGCAACUGUUCCAUGAGAGAGAGAGAGAGAGAGAGAGAGAGAAAGAGAGAGAGAAAGAGAGAGAGAGAGAGAGAGAGAUAAAGAGAGAGAGAGAGAUAAACUUCUAACAUUCAGUUGAUCCUUUUCGGUCUGUGCCAUCACGACAACUGGAAAAGCGACGACGCGAUGAUAAUCGAAAUGGAACAAGACGUGCAACUGUCCGAUUGGACCCAUCCAGUUUGUGUUCCCAGUCAGUUCUACUUCGACUAUCAUCCAGUUCCAUUCCAUUUACAGAAAAUGUGGACCCAAAUCUUCCUGGCAAACUGGUUCAUUUGUACGGUUAUGGACACAAUAGUUGGUUUCAAUUUGUUUGUCGUGCCUCCUAAAUGAACAUUUUCAGAUUUCAACGACAACGACUACCGCAACUCUGCCAUUCUUCGGUAUGGAGCGAUUCCGGUGAACAAGCAAGAUACACAAAAAGUUACGGUUUAAAAGUUUAGGUUACUAAAUUCUUGAACAUGUUUUUCAUGGCUGAAGAUCCACUUCACAAGGUUGUCACUAGAUCGGUCAGUUUCAAAAGAGUGUAUUAUAGGGGGCACCGCACAGAAAUUACGCUCUGUUGAGAAACUUGAGCGACGUCGGGGCCGAGUUUGAAAAGUUAGGCCACAUUUUUAGUGGAAAAUUACUUCGCGGCCUAGAAAUUCGGCCAGAUUGCGAUCAGAGAGCCCUUUCUGUGCGGCGCCCCUAUAAUAAUUGAAGAGAACGAAGAAAUUCUGCAGGGAGACAGUGGCGGAGGAGCUAUUUUGAACCAGGAAGACGGACGGCACUACGUGGUCGGCAUAUGCUCGAGUGGCAAUACUUUUAACAAUAAUUUCAUGUCUGUCGGAGUGCACUACGCUGGUAUUUGUUUCCUAACUGGAAUUUGCUGAAAAUAAACAUAUUUGCACGCGUUGUCACCCCGAAAACCUUUUUUUUUUCGUAACACUAACCUCGGGUCACCGUUCACUAUCCUCUCUCGAAUCGAGUCAUUACCAUCGGAAGAUGAACGCUACUCUGCUCGUGGCUCUUCUGGCGUGUCUGCUCGGAGCUGCGCUCACUUCCCGUCCGCUCUCUUCCUCUGAGAACGAGGAAAGGCUCAAAAUUUGUGGAACGAAGCCGGUUUGGAGCAGACACAAACGCGACAAUUUCACGAAAGAAGCGAAGGAUAAUGAGAGAAGUGAGAUCCGAUAACCCACGGUGUCCAGAGCUGACAAUAUGGGCGUAGCCUCGGCGGCCAAAUGGCGUUUUCAUGAAUUGAGCACGUUUUUUCUGAUUUUUUGGUCAAAGGCGAUGAAAAAUGAUUGUUCGGCAUGAAAACACACUAAUUCUCACAGAAUUAAUGACGUUUUGCGCAUUUUUCGCGGACUUUGCUUUUUCGCCUUCGCCGCCGAUCGCCGCCUAAAAACCGCACUUCUCAUUUUGCGUUUUCUUGACCGUUUUCAGACAGAAUUGGUUUUGAGAAUGAUAAAUCACGUAAAUACAAGCAUUUUGAGCGCUCGAACCGCGAAAACUACCGAAAAGCAACUGAAAUUCACGCAGUUUUAGCCAAAAACCUUCAAACGGAUAAAUGUGAUUUGCGACUUGACCAAAUUUAACGCUUUUGCGCUUAAAAAAUUGGUAAUAGCCUAUACAAUCGGUCUAUCGAGAGACAAAUGAGAAAUUAUCGAUUUUUCGUGGCUAAUCUGGCAAAAAACACAAAUUUUGCUGUUAAAAUUUGAAUUUCGCGCCAAUGUAUCGCUCUAUUUGGAGGGGCGCACUUGACACAAAAGGGAUUAAUUAUUGUUGUUCAGGAGGAGUAUACGGCGGAGUGGAGGUCGCCGGCUCUUCGGCUCCGUGGGUGGUUCGCAUCCAACUGGGCGUCGCCACGUGUACGGGCACUCUCAUUUCGACCAGACACAUUCUCACCGCUUCCCAUUGUGCCCUCAGCGCCGGCGAUUUGUCGCAGGCCCAACGAUCUUGUUCCAUUAGCAAGUAAUAGUCCAAUUUCUUCUCAAAACUUUGCGUUCAUUCCAAUUUGCAGUGACCGUGUCUACGAGGGAAACUUCCCCGGACUGUCGAUAUUUCUGGCAACUGGAUAUCAGUUCCCUUCGAGAGUCGUCAAGGUUUUCGUUUAUUGUUUCUCCAGAUGUUCCUGUUUCAAAGGCGUUUCAGUUGACUCUGCUCGGUCUCUGCACGUCCGACGUCUGGCAAGUGCAAGAUGCGAUGAUAAUCGAACUGGAACAAGAUGUUCAAUUGUCCGAUUGGACCCAACCGGCUUGUAUUCCCAGUUAGUUUACAGAAAAUACAAAGCCAAAAUUUACCCUUUUUGUUUUCAGAAUACAGAACAGAUUAUGACAGUCUGCUGAUCGGUAAAUACAUCAAAUUCUACGGCUACGGACACAACAGUCAGUUCAACUUUUUCGUUCGAAUGAAAUCAAAAAGCGUUUCUAAUUGCAGACUAUGACAUUCACGACUCCAGAAAUGGGAAUAUCCUUCGCUACGGAGCGUUGCCGGUAAGAACUAAGACGGUUUUUCUUGAAAAAAAAAGCGUUUUUUAGGUGCUUCAAUUUCUCUUUGAUAAAAAAGCGUUUGCGGUCAGAGAUCUUGAUCAAAGAGUUGCCACUAGACCGGUACAUUAAACCAUAUGUUUUAUUGUACGAAAAAGCGUUCAGGGCGACAGUGGUGGCGGAGGAAUUGUGAACCACAGAGACGGGCGGCACUAUGUGGUCGGAAUCUGCUCCAGUGGCACUCCCGACUAUUUCACCGGCAUUUUCUCGUUUGUCGGCGCCUAUUAUCAUAAAAUUUGUGCCCUUACUGGAAUUUGCUGAAAAAUAAAUGAUUUUCUUUUGAAAAUUUACCUAUUUUUUCUAUGGUACACACCAAAAUGCGAUGCCACGUCCGCAAACACUUUGCUACGAUGCUCCGAAAUGACGCCUUGCACGCUGUUUAGCGGGAUGCCAAUAUUCGAAAUUAAUUUAUUUCCAUUCGGUUUCUCGGUCAUUUUUAAUAGAUUUUCCGUUGGAAACUCUAUUUUGUUGCAUAGAAAAUUUGAAAAAUCGAUAAUUGUCUUGUUUUCCAAAUGUUCAUCGCUUUUCGUCGCUAGGUUUCUCCAUUUUCCAUGAAAAAUUGAUUUUGCAGGAAGAAAUCGCAAAAAUGGCCGACGACGAACUUGAAACCUAUCGAUUGUGGCGUAUUCGUAAAACUGUGCUCCAGGUGAGGAUUUUCAACGAGGAAAACAGAAAAAUUUUGGAUUUUCCUCAAAAAACACCCAAUAAUAAAUAAUCAAUCAGAUGGUGCACGAUCGUGGAUAUCUCGUGGCUCAGGAUGAGUUGGAUCAGCCGCUGGAGACGUUCAAAGAGCAAUACGGAGACCGUCCGUCGGAAAAGAAGCCCGGCCGUUCGGAUCUGACGAUUCUCGUGGCACACAACGACGAUCCGGCCGACCAAAUGUUCGUUUUCUUCCCUGAUGACGCGAAAAUCGGCAUCAAGACGAUCAAGGCAAUCUGCCAGCAGAUGCAAGAGCAGAACAUCUCGCGCGCGAUCAUAGUCGUGCAGACGGGAAUGACGCCGAGCGCGAAGCAGUCGAUCGGCGACAUGGCGCCCAAGUACAUGCUCGAGCACUUCCUCGAAGCGGAGCUCAUGGUCAACAUCACCGAGCACGAACUCGUCCCCGAGCACGUCGUCAUGACCGCCGAUGAGAAGGCCGAACUCCUCGCCAGAUAGUGAGUCUUGAACGAAUACCUCAAAAUCGUCAUUUUCUCAAAGAAAUUUUGACAUUUCCAUAAAUUUGAAAACGUUUUCUCUUCAAAUUUCGUUAAUUUCAGCAAGCUGAAGGACUCUCAACUGCCGCGCAUCCAGCAGUGCGACCCGGUGGCCCGAUAUUUCGGACUCCGUCGCGGACAAGUCGUCAAAAUUAUUCGUCCGUCCGAAACCGCCGGCAGAUAUAUCACCUACCGUCUCGUCGUCUAA